CUACGUGAUCAUCAUUGGAUCGCCAUCGCUUACUAUCAUAUUAACAUUUCUUUCGGUCAACUCUCGCAGUUUGUUCGUCUGUUACGAUGCGUCUUACUUUAUGGGCUAUUGGCCUGUUUUGCCUCGUUGGAUUAAUGCAUUCCCAUCCACUUGAAGAAGUGGCUGAUCCCAACAAAAUUGUCAAUGGGAUACCGGCUUUGGCUGGAGAAUUUCCUUACAUGACUCUUUUGCACUUGAACGGUUAUCUGUGUGGCGGUUCCCUGAUUGGCCCCUCGCACGUCUUGACAGCAGCCCAUUGCUUAUACGAUCAUACCCUCUCGGAAGUGAGCAUGUUCAACGUUUACGUAAACACACUGUCAGUUAGCGGCGGUGGAACUGGUGCUGUCAGUAGAGGAGUGAAGAAUUUCAUCAUUCAUCCCAACUACAAUCCCAAUACCAUGGAUAACGACGUCGCCUUGCUGGUCCUGAAUUCACCCAUUACAAAUAUCGCGCUCGCCACCCUUCCGUCAGACACUAUUGCAAACGCAACAACUUUGGCACCAGCAACAACAAAACCCACAACCACAACAAAGCCGAUUACAACUACCACCAAACCUACCACAACAACUAAGACGACCACAACUACAAAGACGACAACUAAGCCAACCACAACUACAAAGACGACAACUAAGCCAACAACUACAACUAAGACAACCACAACUACAAGGACGACAACUAAGCCAACUACAACUACGAAGACAACAACUAAGCCAACCACAACGACGAAGACAACAACCACUAAAUCGACAACGACGUUAAAAACGACAACAACGAAACCAACGUGCUCUUGUACGUGCCCGCCACCAACAGCGCCAGCAGUCAUUACAACAACACCGGGUAGCCUACCACCAACAACAACUGCAGCACCGGCAAGUACAACUACGGCGAAUCCGCUUUGUCCAGCCAACUCGACGACGCCCACAAAACUAUCACCGCUCAGCGAUUUUUACCAAACCAAAGCUUUCAGUACUUAUGCCAACAGUCCCGCUAUCAUUACAGGAUGGGGAACGACAUCCUCAGGAGGCAGCAUUUCUCAAGUGUUGCUGAAAGCUUCCGUCACCGUUCUAGACAACACAGUCUGCACCAGCCAAUAUGGCAGUUACUUUAUCGGAGCUGACAUGUUGUGUGCUGCCGCUCCGGGUACGGACACUUGCCAGGGUGACAGUGGUGGCCCUCUCUUCGUUGGUGGAGUACAAGUAGGUAUCACCAGCUGGGGCAAUGGUUGUGCUGAUGCUAAUUAUGCCGGCAUAUAUACCCGAGUCACCACUUACGUUAGCUGGAUCAAGACCACACAGGCGAGCAAUCCUUAAGAAGGAAUGUCGAGGCAAUUUUGUUCGUCUUUUGCCUGUGGAAAUUUUUCACAUUUCGUUUGUUUUACCUUUGAAUUGGUAGUGGAGUAUAAUGCCUGUCUGGUUUGUAUCCUAAACCAUCAUUGUGUUUUGCUAGAAUUUAGACAUGUACCGUGCGUUGCACGAGUUACAAGUUGCAUUUAAAAAGGGCAUAAUAAAAUUAUUUCUUCAGCAA